AUGAUGAUAUGGUAUGGUGAGGUGGCGCUGAUGACGUCGUGGGCCAGCGUGGCGCGCGAGGUGUGCCGCGCGCUGGGUGCGGCGGAGGCGGCGCGCGCCACGGCGGCGCUGCUGGACGCGCCCGCCGCCGCCGCGCCGCCGCCGCUCGCGCGCGCGCGCCUCGCCGCCGCGCAGGACGUGCUCAAGGGCCCGCUGGGGCAAGACCCCGAGGCGCGCAACAUCGUACUGACGAGUGCGUGCCACCACUUGCGAGUGCACUUAGCGCGGCGCGACGAACUAGCACAGUGUGCAGACAUGUUGGCCGAACUAGUCGCGUUACUGUGGAAGAAGGAAGAUCCCGAGCGACCCGUGCCACAAGAAGAUUUUGAUCCAGAUGUUGACGUGCUCUGCCUUAACACGCUUGACGUUCUAGUCGAGACCGUACUACAUCUCAUCGGCGGGAAUUCGCCUGUAUUGGGUUCAAUGGUAGCUGGUUUAUUGGGUACCAUGGAGCUAUUAAAACCGGCACAUUACCAGAGGCUGUGGAGUCAUCUCGCACCACAUCCUCAUGACCGAAAACCCUUAAAGGAUUUCCUGAUGCGUGCUUUUCUCGUCUUCAGACAUCUGAUUGAACAAGAUGUUUUUCCAUCAGAUUGGAUGGUUCUACGUGUACAAAGCUGCAAAGUUUUGCUAUCAGCAUUGCAAGAUUUGGCCAAGCCGUUACUUGAAAGGUUUAUGGGAGACGAACCUCCACAAUUUGACACGCAGCUAUGGUCGGGGUACUUGGAGCUGGGCGUAGCGCUGGUGACGUGCCGCGCGCUGCAGUGGGAGCGCUGCGCGGGCCGCGGGCCCGACCGCGCGCGCAUGCGCCAGGCCGCCGGCCUGCAGGUGCUCGCCGUCUGGAGCCGCCUCGGGAGUGCGCAGCUGCACCUGAUCGGCGUGGCGGUGGGCGCGCUGCUGGAGGUGACGCUGGUGGGCGCGCUGCGGCGCGCAGCGCUGGGCGCGCUGGUGGCGCUCAUGGCGGCCGAGCGCGCCGCCACCGGCUCCGCGCGCCGCACCGAGGCCGCGCUCGUCGACAAGCUCGACUCGCUCGUCGCCGACAACAAGGCCGACGAACACUACCGCCGCCUCUUCGACACCGUGUCAGUUGCGUAUUUACCUGUACCACUUUUGGCGGGAACUUAA